CCCCCAUCCCCUCCCCGGGCAUGGUGAGUCCUGGAGCUUCCCCCCGGAGAUGCUCUCCUUGGAGCACAGAGCCGCAGCCGAGCUGCACCCGCACCCGGAGAUGCUCGUCUGGGACCUCAGCGCCCACCUGGCCGUAGCCAACGUGAUGUGUUUCGGAACCAUGAGAUGUUUUGGAUCCGUGUGACGUGUUUCAGAUCCAUGUGACAUAUUUUGGACCCUUAUGAAGUGUUUCAGAUCCACGCAACGUGUUUCAGAUCAAUGCAAUGUGUUUCGGACCCAUAUGACGUAUUUCGGAUCCAAGUGACAUAUUUUGGAUCCAUGUGAUGUAUUUCGGAUCUGUGUGACGUGCUUCAGAUCCGUGUGACGUGUUUUGGACCCAUAUGAAGUGUUUCAGAUCCAUGUGACGUGUUUCGGACCCAUGCAACGUGUUUUGGAUCCAUGUGAUGUGUUUCAGAUCCGUGUGAUGUGUUUCAGAUCCGUGCAACGUUUCAGAUCCAUAUGACGUGCUUCGGACCCAUAUCAUAUGUUUCAGAUCCGUGUGAGACAUAUUUUGGAUCCAUAUGAUGUGUUUUGGACCCAUAUGACGCGUUUCAGAUCCAUGUGACAUGUUUUGGACCCAUAUGAAGUGUUUCAGAUCCAUAUGACGUGUUUUGGACCCAUAUGAAGCGUUUCGGACCCAUGUGGCGUGUUUCAGAUCCACGUGACGUAUUUGGGAUCUGUGUGACACAUUUCAGACCCAUGUGACGUGUUUCGGACCCAUAUGAAGCAUUUUGGACCCAUAUGAAGUGUUUCAGAUCCAUAUGACGUGUUUUGGACCCAUAUGAAGCGUUUUGGAUCCGUGUGACGUGUUUCAGAUCCCUGUAAUGUAUUUGGGAUCUGUGUGACACAUUUCAGACCCAUGUGACGUGUUUCGCACCCAUACGAAGCGUUUUGGACCCAUAUGAAGUGGUUCAGAUCCAUAUGACGUGUUUCGGACCUAUAUGAAGCGUUUCGGACCCAUAUGAAGUGGUUCAGAUCCAUAUGACGUGUUUCGGACCUAUAUGAAGCGUUCCGGAUCCGUGUGACGUGUUUCAGAUCCACGUGACGUAUUUGGGAUCUGUGUGACACAUUUCAGACGCACGUGACGUGUUUCGCACCCAUACGAAGCGUUUCGGACCCACAUGAAGUAUUUCAGAUCCAUAUGACGUGUUUUGGACCCAUAUGAAGCGUUCCGGAUCCGUGUGACAUGUUCCAGAGCGCCGGCGCCGCCGUGCGGCCGCUGUCCCCCACGGAGGACGGGCUCCCCCAGGCCGACCAAGUGCUGAACGGGCGGGUGCCCCUGCCCGAGAAGGCCCUGUCGGAGGGUUACGCGCGCCUGCGCUACCGGGACACCUCGCUCCUCAUCUGGCAGCAGCAGCAGCAGAAACUGGAGUCGGCGCCGCCCAACACCUACCUGAGCCGCAGCCGCAGCAUGUGGUACUCGCAGUACGGCAACGAGGCCAUCCUGGUGCGCGACAAGAACAAGCUGGACGUGCCCCGGGACACGGGGCAGUCCAAGUUCUGCGCUAUUAUGUGAUCCCGGCGCUUCGGCGUCCGCAGUGGGGAUGGACCGGGCUGGCAUCAAGCCUGGAGCGGUUUGCACCAUCCCAGCCGUACGGCUCUGUUUGUAGGAUGGGGGAGAAGCUGCUUGGUGCCUACGCUGGUUUUGGCUGUUGGGAGCGUGGGAUUUUGCAGGACGUUGGGUUGGGGGUAACGACGACCGUCCUGCUUGGGAAUUAGCUGCUCCGAAGGGGCCUGUGGAGCAGGAGCAGCACCCGCCGUCACUUGGGAACCGUCCCCGGCCGCCACUUGCACUUCCUAGGCCUGCACGUUGCCCAAAUGCUGCUUGGGCACCAGCAAGUCCAGGCUGGUUUUCAUUAAAAAGCAGAAUUUAGGGGGAUUUUCUGCAAAACGCACAGCUUGUUCUGCAGGCUGUGUCUCCCCCUGAUGACUUGCCUGGCAAUGGUCUGCGGCUAGCUAGACACGAAGCAAAGAAAGGGAAGGAUUUAUCUUGCAAAGGGAAGAGAGAAGAAUGCAGUGAUAAUUUCAUCUGGGCCUUCGAAAUGUCUGGAAAUAUCAUCAGGGUUUUGCCCUGUGCGGAGCAAAAUGCGCUUUCUGCUGCCACAAAUUGGCAGCAUGGAAAUAACAGCAAAAACCACGAUUUUAUGGAGCCUGCGGAGCCAUAAGUACCGACCCCCCGAAAGGCAGGGCUGGGUUAGGAGCUCCGGGAGGAAAUUCCUGCAAACCUACACGUCUCCUGCCAAGGGACGUAAGGAAACCUGUACAUAGUCACCUACCUGCAGUCACUGAUCCACCGGAGAAGGAAACAGCCUAUUAAAAAGUGUGCUUAGUGUUUUAAGUCUUAAUGUACACAGUAGUUAGGAAGGGUUUCGUAAUUCUGGUUGGGUAACAGCUCUUGUUUCGGUGCAUUUGGCGCAUUUAUUUUAAAGGUAGUGCCUGGGAAGGUUUGUUUCAACUGACUGGAGGAUUUUAGGAUGGAAACAAAAAAAAUAACAAUUUCACUCUCUCAAGUUCUUGUUUCUAUUAGAACUGGAACCUUAUAACUUCCUUCAGGAAGGAUCAUGCCGUGCAGAGCUCAUGGAAAUUCAAACUCAAUCCUGCCGCCUAAGUCUUUCCUAAGACACACUCCGCCUAAGACACAGCAGCGCUGUUGUGAGGGGCAUUAAGCCUGGGAUGAAGCUUUUAAGUGUAAGGUCGGAGUUAGGCUGUGCUUAGGUGUUCGCCCUGCAGCACGCGGGGCCAGGGAUGCACUGAACUUCGAGCAACUCCGUUCUUGAUGCUGACUUCAAGGUGGACUAUUCAUCCAUGUAGAGUUAGGCACUGGCAUUACUUCUGUCUGUUACAGCGAUCUAAAACCUCUCCCUUUUCAUUUUUCUUUCAUGCACUUUAUUUAUUUAUUUUUUUCAAGGCAGGGGGAUAUGGCGAAGAGGAACCUCCUCCACCUCCCCGCUUCAUGGGUUAAGUGCUGGGCCUGGAAACACUAAAGCUGAUGGCAGUGCCCGGCGUGGAGCUGCAGCGAGCACGGGCAGCCCCCUCUCCACGGGAUUAUUUAUGCAUGUCUUAGUGUUUGGCACUUGGAUUUGCGUGCGCAUAAAGCUAAAGCUGCUGAGAUGGACAGCAGUGCUUUACAGACCCUGUGUUGUGCUGCACACCCGAGUAGUCCUCACGAGCCUGCAAGGACCAGCUCUGCCUGAGAUAUUUUUUUGGGAAAAGUGCAUUUUGACUGGGGAGAAAGCACUUAACGGGAUGUACAUAACUAGAUAGACUCGGAAAUCUGCGGCAAUGAUGGGCAUCACCUACAGGCUCCAGCUGCUGGCUGAGCAAAGGGGUUGUUAUUUAUACGGAUGAGCAGGAGGGUGAUCCGAGGGCAUCCUAGGGGGGCAGGAGAAGCACGGUUGGAUCCUCUCCCAAACUGCUCACUCUGGAUUUAGGAAGCUGAGGAAACAGCAGCCUUUCCCUAAAGCCAGCUGUUCAUUUUCUUUACUUUUCUUAUAGAAAAGACAUUUUCAUUUUCUUGAUUUCAGUAAGAAAGUUGAUUGCUGUGGUGUCAUCAGUCCCUUUUUGUUUAUGUGGCUGCUAACCCAAACCCCCUUUAUUUAAGCAACGUCAUUUAGGACUAUUUGAGAGCAAAACCCUUAAGUGUGUGCACAAGUUCCUUCGACCUCGAGGCGCUGCAUGACGGUGCAGGAAAAGAACGUGGCUUGUUCCUCCGGCUCCAACUGUAUUAUUUUCCAUAUCUGUGUGUCCUUAUUAGUCACAGCAGGUUUGCGGAGUGGCUGCUAUGGAGCGAGCGUUUCUGCAAGCCAGUUCUGUAG